AUGGAAAAGGAAAAUGCAACAUUGCUGACAGAGUUUGUUCUCACAGGACUUACUCGACAACCAGAGUGGAAAAUCCCCCUGUUCCUGGCAUUCUUGGUGAUAUAUCUCAUCACCAUAGUAGGGAACCUUGGUCUGAUUGCUGUCAUCUGUAAUGACCCUCACCUCCACAUCCCCAUGUACUUAUUCCUCGGAAAUUUAGCCUUUGUGGAUACUUGGUUAUCAUCCACAGUGACCCCCAACAUGCUGGUCAACUUCUUAAUCGAGAGUCAGAUGAUGUCUCUCUCUGAAUGCAUGGUACAAUUUUUUUCCUUUGCAAUCAGUUUAACCACAGAAAGUUUUCUCCUGACAGCAAUGGCGUAUGAUCGCUAUGUAGCCAUAUGCAAACCUUUACUCUAUCCAGUGAUUAUGACCAAUGAACUAUGCAUCCGGCUAUUAAUCUUGUCAUUCCUAGGUGGCUUUCUUCAUGCCACUAUUCAUGAAGGUUUUUUAUUUAGGUUAACCUUCUGUAAUUUCAGCAUAAUAAAUCACUUUUACUGUGACAUUAUCCCAUUAUUAAAGAUUUCUUGUACUGACACUUCUAUUAAUUAUCUCAUGCUUUAUGUUUUUGCAGCUUUAAUUCAAGCAUUCACCAUUCUGACUGUUCUUGUCUCGUAUAUAUCUGUUCUCUUUACAAUCUUAAAAAAGAAGUCAGUCAAAGGCAUAAGGAAAGCCUUCUCCACUUGUGGAGCUCACCUCUUAUCCGUGUUUUUAUACUAUGGCCCUCUUCUCUUCAUGUAUGUGCUCCCUGCAUCUCCACAAGCUAAUGAUCCAGACAUGGUGGACUCUCUAUUUUACACUGUUAUAAUUCCUUUCUUAAAUCCAAUUAUCUAUAGCCUGAGAAAUAAACAAGUCAUAGAUUCAUUGAAAAAAACAGUAAAGGGAAAAGUUCAGGUUGUGUAG